AAAAAGUUUUGUUUAUGCUAAAAGAGAACAUAAAUUUUUGUGCUAGCUAACAUGUUUGAAGAUGAUUUGAUUAAGGCGGUUCGGCAAUAUCCUUGCUUAUAUGAUAGAAGCAGCAGGCAAUCAGAAAAGUCUCCGGAAAUCACUAAAAGAUGUUGGCGAAGUGUAGCUAUGGAAACUGGAGAAACAAUCGAAAGAUGCCAAAACCGGUGGAAAUCUCUGCGUGACCGAUAUGUUAGAGAAAUUAAAACCGAUGCUAGCAGUGAUUGGAGGCAUAUGGAAGAUUUGAACUUUUUACAGGAUUGCAUAACAAUCAGGAAAAAUUAUUCAUCUAACUCUUCAGCAAAAUCUCGUGACACAACGAGAACUCUAAAAGAAGAGUCACAGGAUGAAAACUUUUAUAAUAACGACAGUUUUGCAUCCGAGGAAGAACCAUGUAAUUCAUCACUAAAGAGACCUUGCGAUGAUGACAUAGAUUAUAUGUUUGAAGAACAAGAUGUAACUGAGAGUCCAACCGCAGCGAAAACAUUUUUAGUUGAAGCUUUGAUAGAACCGCCAAUAAAUGAGCCACUAAUUAGUCAGUCAUAUCGAAGAGCAGAACGUUCAAAACCAAGUGCUCAUGCCCCGAACGCACAGGCGAAAUUCGAUUCUUUGGUUGGAACUUUAAAUGAAUACAUUAAAGGGCGUAUAAAGGAAAGGGAGAAAACCAACAACAGUGAUUUCUUCGGGUUACUGGAUACAUAUCUUGCAAAAUUGCCAGGAACGGAACAAGAUAAACUAAAAGCUGAUAUUUUAAUUAUGGUUCUAAAUAAAACAAAAGAGUGUUAAAUGUUAUUUUCUUCUCAGACAAAUAAAUCUACUGAUGAAAUUCAUGGAAUUCAUUUACAUUAUAUUGGAAAUAAUUCUAACUCAUAGGAUUUAAAUAUGUGCAAUUUUCUAUUAAAUUUAAAAACGUAAUAAUACCUACUGUAUUAUAUGCGCAUUGGUAAAUACAUUAGCCGCUAAUAAAUGUAAGCAAAUA